CAGAAAUCCCUUUGCAUGCUCCAGACGGUUUGGGUGUCCUCGCCAGGGAGCUGGGCUUUGCAGGAGCCCAGCUGCCACCGCCAGGGCAAGAGAAGGAGCUGGAAAUGUAGAUUUGUCAGGACCAUAAUCCAGCAUCCAUGUCGGAGGCACGCCCCCAAACGCUCCAGGAAAGCAAGAAUGUUGAGGAAAAUCCAGAUAUGCCUCUGUUUCUGCUUCGUCUCGGGCAUUUUGUACGAGAUCUCCCUGCUGUCCGGCUGCGUCUCCUCCUACCUGCCCAUGGCCCAGCAGUACCUGACGCCUGAGCAGGUGCUGAACCUCGGCAAGAGCAUCAUUUUCCUGGAGACCACGGAGCGCCUGGAGCCGCCCCCGCUGGUGUCGUGCUCCGUGGAAUCCGCUGCCCGGAUCUACCGGGACAGRCCCAUCAUCCUCUUCUUGAGGGGACUCACCAACGAGACAGCCUUGGACCUCAACACCAGCUACACGGCAUUCUCCCUCCUGUCUUCCAUGAAGAACGUCUUCAUUUUCCCUCUCCAGAUGGAAACCGUCUUCCAGGAGACCCCUCUGCUCCAGUGGUACAACCAGGUGGUCCCGGAGCAGGAGAAGAACUGGGUUCACGUCAGCUCKGACGCCAGCAGACUGGCGCUCAUCUGGAAGUACGGCGGCAUCUACAUGGACACGGACGUCAUCUCCAUCCGGCCCAUCCCCCAGGAGAGUUUCCUGGCGGCGCAGAAAUCCCGCUUCUCCAGCAACGGCAUCUUCGGCUUCCCCGCCCGCCACAAGUUYGUCUGGGACUGCAUGGAGAACUUCGUCCUCAAGUACAACGGCAACAUCUGGGGCAACCAGGGCCCCUUUCUCAUGACCAGGAUGCUCAAGACCCUCUGCAACCUCACAGAUUUCCAGGGCACCGAGGACCACAGCUGCCAGAACAUCUCCUUCCUCAACCCKCAGCGUUUCUACCCCAUCCCGUACCCGGCCUGGAGCCGCUACUACCAGGUGUGGGACAAAAGCCCCAAUUUCAACCACUCCUACGCGCUGCACCUGUGGAACUUCAUGAACCGCAACCGCAAGGUGGUGGUGGCCGGCAGCAACACCCUGGCUGAGAAACUCUACAAAACCUACUGCCCCAGCACCUACGAGGACCUGAUCCAGAAUGCCAAGCACAGGGAGCCCCCAGGCUCUGAGGAUGUUGAGUGA